AUGGUUCGGCGAUCUAGCAGAAAAAACAAGGGAAUCAACAGAAGCCUUAAAGCCCUGGAAAAUUUUGAAAUCGAAGAGGCCAAAGGGAGAAACAAAGCCAAAGUUACUGAUAGCAGCGUUCGAUGCUUACCUUGUGGUACAACAGAUGACAACUAUGAUGAGCAAAACGAUUCUAGAAUGAUGAUACAGUGUGAUAAAUGUAGGACGUGGCAGCACGUGAUCUGUAUGUUUCAGACUGAUGAUGAGAAGGUUAUUCCAGAAGAGUAUUAUUGUAAUGUCUGUGAUCCCAUCAACAAGAUAUACAAGGGUAUGAAGGGAGAAGAAAACGUUGAAAAGGAUCAGCAAGUGGAAGCUCAGGGUGAAGUGAAAGCUCAGGGUGAAGUGGAAGCUCAGGGUGAAGUGGAGGCUCAGGGUGAAGUGGAAGCUCAAGGUGAAGAUACUUCUGAUGGGGCCUUUGACGAAGAAUCAAAUAAACAUCCUGUUAAGCGAAGAAAGACAAAGGCUAAUGCCAAGGCGUUUAAUACUAACAAGACACGAGAAUCCGUGGUGAAACAGUUUGCACGUAAAUUUGCGACAAAGGUUUCAAGUCUGGACCAAUCGCUAGUUAACGAAGGGUGUUCAAAACGAUGGGCCGAUGAGAUGGAGGGUUCAUUAUACGAUGCCUAUCCCCCAGUGGGAGGGCAGAGUGUAUCAGACGAAUAUAUGAAAAAGACGAGGACGCUUUUAUUUAACUUAGGAAAGACUAAUUUGAUGGAUAAAAUAGUGAAGAGCAGUUUUGACUUUACUAAAAUAGUACGACUAACACCUGAGGAGAUGAUGAGGGAUGAUUACAAGGAGCUUGCAAAUGAGGUGAAAAAGCAGUCGAUGAGUCAGACGAUUUUGCCAAACACAGAUGAAAAGGUGAGAAUUAGAAGGACUCAUCGUGGCGAAGAGAUUAUAGAGAACACUGAGUUUGGUCAGAAAUCUAUGGAGGAUACCAGAUUGGAAGAGAUCGACAAGCUUCGAGAGGAGAAGGAGAAAAGGGAAAAAGAGGAGAAAGAGAAGCAGUUAGAAGAGCUGGGUAUGCUUGGUAUCGAAGAGGAGCCGUCCACAGUGGCUCAUGUUGAGUUUAACUUGGAUGUUAAUGGGAGUGAAGCCGAAGAGGAGGCUGAAGAAGGGAUUGACGGCGACGGUGUUGAUGAUAGUGAUGGAGCACGUGAUAGUAUUUCACGUGUGAACGACGAUGAUUUUGACAAGAUUCUCGAAAAGGGUGGAUCUAGGACGGCUACGGCGAGUACAAAAAAGGGGAAGGACCAAGAAGAGCAACGGAAGUCCCCUCCAAUCGUUGAUGACAUUGAUUAUGAUCCACUUGAUACAGUCCAAUUAGAAUUUACGGUAUGGAGGGGGAGUAUUGAAUUUCCGGGAAUCGGCUUGGUAAAGGUGAAGAGCGUUUUCCGAUGCUCGACAGCCAAAGUGUCGAAGAACGAGCUUCUUCUAACAACGAAGCGAAUAUUCGGCGACUUUACGAUGGGAUCUCAGGGUCUUUUCAAUGCGGGAAGGCUUUCUGCGUCGACGGCAGACGAGUAUCUGAAUAAAGUGAUACAGUCACGUGACUUUUACAUGUGCGAGAUGAUACCAGAUAACGAAGGGGUUGUUGAUUCCCCGGUGGAUGAACAGGCCAAUAUGUUUAAAUACAUGGAGGUGUGGAAUUAUUUCCGCAACUUGCACAAGUAUGGAGUGGUUGAUGGCAAGCCAGAUUACGUUAAAGAUAGCUACGUGCUGUGCUUCUCGCGAGAGCAGUUACUGAAUGGUGACAUCCCUGCAUUUCUGGAUUAUUUCGAGAGAGAUAGCUUGUUCCAUGAGAUGGAAAAGGAACAAUCUAUAGAAAAGGAAGAACAGAAAGAGUUGAAAGAUAAAAAAAUGUAUAUACUAUUUGUGGCCCGCAAGAAGUUGACUCAAGCACUCAAAGAGAGCAGUGGCAACAAAUUCAACGAGCCCCUGCAAAGCAUAAUGAAGCAGCUAGCCAGCUAA